UCUGAAUUCUUAUACAAAAGAAGAGAAAAUGGGAGGGAUAAAGAAAUAUCGUGGUGUGAGACAACGCCCCUGGGGCUCUUGGGUUGCUGAGAUUCGUCAUCCAAUCCUGAAGAAGAGGGUGUGGCUUGGAACAUAUGAAACAGUGGAAGAAGCAGCUUGUGCAUAUGAUGAAGCUGCUGUAAUUGUGCGUGGUCAUGGUUGCAACAAAAAUCUUCCUCAUAAUUAUAACUCAGAGAGAGAAGAGUUUUGUCCACGAAAUGAUUUGUAAGCUCCGCCAUCUCAAUAUGGCCUCCAUGAAAAAGGUUUUUCUGCAUAUGUUGCUAAGGAGGAGGGCUCCAUAUUCUCUUCCCCUUCUUUUAUCUGCCUGAAGUUAGACAAUGAGAAAUCCAAUCAAUUGGGAAUCUGGCAAAACAAAGUGGGUGGUGGUGGAGAAGAUGAAUCCACCUGGGUCAUGAAAGUUGAAAUUCCCCCAAUGAAAGUGAAUAAUGAUAGAGAUGAGGACAGAGCUCCAGAGAUGAUAGAAGAGCUUCUUCAACUGUGCAAUACUUCCUGAGCUGCAACAUAACCAUUGUGGUAGGAUGAAUGUUUUGUAGAUAGUAAUGGUGGGUAAAAGCAUAAAAGUGUGUCACUUUUAGGUCAACUUAUUAGCAUAAGUGAAUUUAAGUAAUUUUGACUAAAAAUUAAUUUUA